GAAAUUAAACCUUAAUUCUUUGGUGACAGAGUAAUGAAUUAGUCACAUACGGUUUUUAACAAAAUCGGUUAUUUUUGGUAUAAAACUUUAAUCACGAGUUACUUGAGCGCUGUUGUGUAAGUCAUUUGCAGUAAAAUGGACUCAUUUGUGAUGUUAUUUGGUAUUAUUUUGACUGUUUUUGCUUUAUUAGAGUUGGUUGAAAACAAGCAGAUACCAAUGUUCGAGAUAGAAGACAGAUUUAAAUAUUAUUACCCGGAAUUGUGGGGCACAUAUAGACAACCGAACCCGUUUAAAUGGGGACUCCAACGCUUACGGUACCAGAAAACACGUAUUCUCACCUAGGAACUGAUCAUAUUAGUUUCAAAUGUAUUCUAAAAUAAAUUGUUCGUAAAG